AUGUCCUAUGAUCGCUUGGGAGACCCCUACGGGGACGACACACGUUCGCCCAUAAUGCAACCGAGCACAUUGAGCAAUCGAUCGCCGUCGCCUGGCCGGCCCCUCGAUGGCUACCAGCUCUCCGAUGGCCCAUAUGGGCGGCGCGACCACCUGAUGCCCUCCAGUGAUCGAUUAGCGGAGCAACCCACGUUUUCUGUUGAGAGAAUCCCUCACUCCUAUGGACAUAACGAAGCCUACGAAGCGCAGCCCCAGCAGAGCUAUCCAGGGUACGAAUAUUCGGUAGACCCUCAAGCACACCACGAUGCGUACUAUACCCAACCAUACCAAUCAACAGUCACACCGGACCCCGAUGAUUACGAUCUGGGGCAAUAUCCUGGGCACCAGCAAUCAUACCACGAUGAUGAGCCGAUCCUACAACCCGAGGACCCCUUCCAAGCCCAAAAUCCUUACAGCGACGACUAUCAGGAAGAGCUUGCACCAACACCAAGCCCCGCUCCGAUUCGGCGGUGGAAGACAGUCAAAGAAGUUCAACUGUUCCAAGGUAACUUGGUGCUCGAUUGUCCCAUCGCACCCAAGCUCCUCAACCAGGUCCCUCACGCCGAAAACUCACAACGCGACGAGUUCACGCAUAUGCGCUAUUCGGCGGCCACUUGCGACCCGGCAGACUUCUUUGAGGAGCGUUUCACGCUACGUCAGAAGCUCUUCGCCAAACAGCGACAUACGGAGCUCUUUAUUGUGAUUACAAUGUACAACGAGGAUGACUUCCUUUUUGCGCGCACAUUGAUUGGUGUGUUCAAGAACAUCGAACACAUGUGCUCAAGAGAUCGAAGUAAGACCUGGGGUAAAGAUGCAUGGAAGAAGAUCGUGGUCUGUGUUAUCAGUGACGGUCGUGCCAAGAUCAACCCGCGAACUCGCGCCGUGCUCGCCGGUCUAGGUUGCUACCAGGACGGAAUUGCCAAGCAGCAAGUCAACGGGAAGGAUGUGACGGCGCAUAUUUAUGAGUACACGACGCAGGUUGGUCUGGAGCUAAAGGGAACUCAGGUCCAUCUCAAGCCCCGUUCUGGGGUUCCGGUACAGAUGAUUUUCUGUCUGAAGGAGAAGAACCAGAAGAAGAUCAACUCGCACCGAUGGUUCUUCCAGGCGUUUGGUCGCGUUUUAGAUCCCAACAUUUGCGUCUUGCUCGACGCCGGUACCCAGCCCGGUAAGGACUCUAUUUAUCGCCUAUGGAAGGCUUUUGAUGUGGAGCCAAUGUGCGGAGGAGCCUGCGGUGAGAUCAAGGUCAUGUUAAACAAAGGAAAGAAUUUACUCAAUCCGCUGGUCGCCGGUCAAAACUUCGAGUACAAGUUGAGUAACAUUCUCGACAAGCCGUUGGAAUCAGCCUUCGGGUUCAUCUCGGUGCUUCCCGGUGCGUUCUCUGCCUACCGCUAUAUCGCGCUGCAAAACGGCAAGAAUGGUCAAGGGCCGCUAGAGCGGUACUUCCUGGGUGAAAAGAUGCACGGCGCCAAUGCGGGAAUCUUCACUGCGAACAUGUACCUGGCUGAGGAUCGAAUCCUCUGCUUUGAAAUAGUUGCCAAGCGCAACAGCCGAUGGCUGCUCCGAUACGUCAAGUCUUCGACUGGUGAAACCGAUGUCCCGGAUCAGAUGGCAGAGUUCAUCCUCCAGCGCCGCCGAUGGUUGAACGGUAGUUUUUUCGCUGCUGUUUACGCCAUUACCCAUUUCUACCAGCUCUGGCGAAGCGACCACAGCUUCAUGCGCAAGUUCAUGCUGUUUAUUGAGACUCUUUAUCAAACCAUCAACAUGCUGUUCGCUUGGUUUGGUAUUGGCAAUUUCUUCUUGGUAUUCCACAUCCUCACAACGUACCUCGGCGACGCGGACCUCUUAGGGACUGCUGGUAAAGUCCUAGGAGUGGUUUUCGAAUGGCUUUAUCUUGCGACCUUGGUAACCUGCUUCGUUUUGUCUUUGGGUAACCGCCCCGGUGGAUCCAACAAACUGUACAUGACGAUGGUGUAUUUCUGGGUGUUCAUCAUGAUAUACCUCGCGUUCGCUGCAAUUUUCGUGACGGUCAGGUCCAUUCAAGAGGAAGUCGAGGACGGCACGUUCACCUUUUCGACGCUUUUUACCAACAGUACCUUCUUCUCCAUCAUCGUCUCCCUUGGCUCAACGUACGUCAUGUGGUUUGUCGCAUCGCUCAUAUUCAUGGAUCCCUGGCAUAUGUUUACCUGCUUCAUCCAAUACAUUCUCCUAACCCCCACCUACAUCAACGUCCUCAACAUCUACGCCUUUUGCAACACACACGACAUCACAUGGGGUACAAAGGGUGAUGACAAGGCCGAAAAACUUGGCUCCGCAACCGUCAAACCCGGCGGCAAAGUGGACGUCAACAUCCCCCAAGAUGACGGCGAUCUCAACGCGCAGUACGAAGCCGAACUCGCGAAAUUCGCCCAGAAGCCACCCAAGGAAAUCAGGGUCAUCUCCGAAGAAGAACGGCAAGCCGACUACUAUAAGGGAUUUCGAUCAGCCGUCGUUCUCGUCUGGGUGUUUUGCAAUUUUGCCCUCGGCGCUGUCGUCCUCGGUGCUGCGGGUCUCGAUCGCUUCAGCGAUACCGCUGAGGAAGCCGAGUCCACGCAAAAUCAUCGAUCUAUGAUUUAUAUGGCUGUUGUGCUAUGGAGUGUUGCGGGUCUGUCGAUUUUCAAGUUUCUAGGUGCAAUGUGGUUUUUGACCGUGCGCAUGUUCCGGGGCGUAUAA